UUGCCUGGGGGCAGGUUUCAGGGCAGAGCAGUCCAAGACCUCCCACCUUCCUUCUCCGCGUUCCUGCCCCUCUGGGUCGCUCUGCAGGUGAAGAACAUGGAGAAGCUGCAGUUUUGGCUCCUCGUCCUCACUGGCUUCUCAGGAGCCGUCGCCCAGACAGAUCUACACGGCAAAGUGUUCGUGUUCCCUAAGGCGUCUGCAACUGCCCACGUCCUCCUGAAGCCGAGGCUGGAGCAGCCGCUGCGGAACGUCAGUGUGUGUCUGAGAUUCGGGGGCGACCUGACCCGGCCCUACAGCCUCUUCUCCUACGCCACCAAGGCCAUGGACAACGACUUCCUCCUCUUCAAACCCAAGCCCGGGGAGCUCAGACUGUACGUCGGAGGGGAACUCGUCACCUUCAAAGUCCCAGAAAGAACAGACACAAGCACUGGGUGGGUGCAUGUCUGUGCCAGCUGGGAGUCCGCCACCGGCAUAGCCGAGCUCUGGGUGAACGGGAGCCCCUUACCCAGGAAGGGGCUGAAGAAAGGCUACUCUGUCAGCAACCAGGGUGUGCUUGUCCUGGGGCAGGAGCAGGACACCCCGGGGGGUGGGUUCGACAUUAAUCAGUCGUUUGUUGGAGAAAUCACAGAUGUGUACAUGUGGGACACUCUGCUCUCCCCGGAUGAAGUUAGCCUUGCCAUGAGCAAUGGGGUCCUGCCUCACCUCGUCCUUGACUGGAGAACCCUGAGCUACGAGACCAAGGAUUAUGUUGUCAUUAAACCCAGCCUGCUCCCAAUGUACUGAAGGCCCAAUGCUGCUUGGCUAGUGGGGCCAGAAAAUGGGUGGGGGCGCAAAGCAAGGAAUUGUCUGUAUCACUGUGGUAAUGUAAUCGACCUGUUCGGCCUGCGAUGGGAAAGAGGCAGGUGCGCUCCGGAGAUCUGCACAUGGACCUGGGACCAGGGAGUGUCUCUCGUCCAUCUCCAGCUCUGACCCCAACUCCCACUGGGACCUUGGGGAAUCACAUGGGCCAGAUGUACGAGGGUGCUCACCCUGUAACAGGGCCAGCCACCCCCGAGCACCCCCUUGGGGCCAGGGGUGGCUAUGCAGUGCCCUGUCUCAGUUUCCCCUCUUGGAUUCUAAAUAGCUCCCCAAAAGCCUUUCAUGAGUCCAAUUACAAACAGCCCUUUUUGGGUCUUGUUUAUGGCCUUAAAAUGCCAAAGGAUUCAAAGAGCCCCCCCCCAGCUUAGCCUAUGAGCAGACCUCUCUACCUGCCUUGUCCAGCGCCCCAUGGCUCCACCGGGUCUGCAGGCAAAGCCCUUUGCUGGUCCCCCAGCCUCCCCAUGUCUCUCAGGGUCCCUGCAGCACACCCUCUGCAGCAUCUUUGCGCCAUUUCCGACUGCGAUCAGCCCUCCUUCCUGAGGGGGCUGUUCGCUGCUGCAGCUCUGCCUGGCUCCCUGCCACUGCCCAUGCCCCCCCGUCUCUAACCCCUCUAACCAGGUUAGUCACAUGGCUCCUCUCCCCUGGAAAUGGCCGUGUCACAGGCUGUGGUCAUCUCCCUCGAGGGGCAGCCACCCUGAGGCACACACCUGUGUUUAGCUUUUGAGCACUCACCCUUCCCUCCGGUGAGGUGCUGAUGGCAGCACUUGCCUCCCGAGGAGUUGGGAGGCAGGACCUGGGAAGAACUGCUUUGUGAACGGUGCCCAAGGGAUUCAAGCACCCGAGUCCCAAUCAGUUUGUGCCCAGAUUGUGCCCAGCCAGAGUCUGUGAUGUGCUUGGAGCACGGCAGUGCUGGGAGUGCCAGGGGCCUUCAUGGUCACCAUAAGCAGAGCCUGCCAGAGCAGACCAGCUCCGUGUGUCCAGCCUGAUACGUUCCUGGGUUAGCACAGUCGCUGGAGACGUUUCCCAGCCUGUGUACGUCAGUGUCUCCAUUGCUGCUGGGUGGGCUGGGGGGCAUUCUAGGUACUAGGCCCAAGGAGCCCCACGAUUACCCUGCUGCCUCUCCACUGGGCUGCCUAGGGCUGAGUUUGGAAUGACUGUGGUCAUCUGUGUUCUAAGAGACUGUGCCAUUGUC